CCGUAGUAAAAAAAUGUGUGGGAUAAUGUCUAAUCAUCCUAUUCCGACAUACUCAAACAUACUCGUAGUUAUAUCUGAUACGAACUCCAGCAAAUAAAUAAAUUUCGACAUGGACUUAUAUAUAGAUGAAGCUAAAUAUACACGGAAAUGGCAAACCUAAGAGCACCAUUAACGGGGUCUUUUAAGCCUGUCUCUUAGUGUUUUUAGAAUUAAAAAAAAAAAAAAUAGCAAUUACCUGAAACUACGUCUCUUAAUCAAGCAAAAGAAGAGACGUCUCUUCUCGCUCUCUCUAUCGUGAAGAACGAAGAAAGAAGAAGAAGCCGUGGCAGGAGUAGGACUUUUCUGGUGUAAUCUCUUCAUCUUCUUUCCUCUGUAAAUCCUUCCAGGUUAUCAUUUUCUCAUCUUUUAGGGUUUAAUUGAUUUCUCUCCAAUCUUCCGAAUUCCUUAGAGCUUCUUUUCGAAUUUGCAGAUGUUGAUGAUUUCUACUCUCAAUGCGAUCCGGAGAAGGAGAAUUUGUGUUUGUGUGGACAUCCGAAUGAAUCGUGGGAAGUGAAUCUACCAGCGGAGGAAGACGGUCGCGAAAUCUCUGUGUUUCCGAAACGAAGACAGCCGCUCCCUCCUCCUUGUCUCAGCUUCGUUCGGUCAUUCGCAGGUUUGCUUCCUUUACCUCAAGUACAUAAAAUCUAUAGUUAGACAAAAGCAUUAUGGAUUGUGUUGUUGCAAGUUUGUUAGCGAUUUGGGUUUUACAAAGGAGAAAAAGUCAUAUAUUAAAAGCAUAUGGUUGUGGGAUUUGCAGAUAGUGAAGUUGCUAUCAAGUGUAGAUGAAUCAAAGACUGUAAUCAAUAGUAAGGAUGAUGAAGGAUGGGCUCCUCUACAUUCUGCUGCUAGCAUCGGCAAGGGGGAGCUCGUUGAAAUCUUAUUGACUAGAGGUUUGUGUUGCAAUCUUGUUAGCUUCCUUUAAAUAAGUUUUGUGAUCUUGUCUCACCAACUGUAGUUCGAUAGAUUUGUUGCAUAUAAGUUCUAUGUUAAAGUUUGUUGUUCUUCUACUCAUUAACGUUUGAUGAUGGAUUUGUUUUUUUUUGUCUGUGUUCAGGUGCUGAUGUGAGUGUCAAAAAACAAUGGUGGUGGCACUGCUCUUCAUUAUGCUGCUAGCAAGGGAUGGUUGGAAAUCGCUCAGCUUUAUUUUAAAUCAGAUGAACGUGUGCCUACUGAGUUGAAGAAAGCAAUCAUGCAAGCCCGAGGGGAGAAGAAGCUCACCCAUUCCAAACUCGCUCAAGUACACUACUUCUCUCUUCACUCUGUCUCUUUUUUUUCUGAGUUUAAUAGUAUCCAUUGGUCUUAUAUACUCUAAAACGAGAAAUCAUGCUCCUCCCUGAUUCUUAUAUACUCAACUAAACUCUUGUAAGGUUGAUGUAGUGUUGGAUUUGCGAUGUAAAGAGUUUGUAUACUGAUUUGAUUUGCAAUGUUAAAUUUUUUGUUUUUAAGAAACCCUAAAUAAGAAAUUAGCAUUGGAGUGAAAAAUCAAUGUGUCUCUUAACUAAAGUUUUUAAUUACAUUUAAUUAUUAAAAUAUUCAUUAAGAGACUCAAAUGGGUUUGUGGGUUAAUGAUGCUCUAAGGGCAACCCCAUCGGCAAGUAUUUUAAAGAAAAAAUUGGCAAAUUGGGCAAAUCGCAAGUUUGAUAUUAGGGAGUUGGGACACCUCAAGUUUAAAUUAGCAAAUUGGGUAAAUCGCCUUUUCGAGAAGUGUGAAAUGUCGACAGAGGGCGCGCGUGGUUCUUGAUAUUACGACCGUGCCACCGCAUAUUUUUUUAUUUAAAAAAUCAAAAAAAGACUUAAUAAAAACAAAAAAAAAUUAAAAAUUAGAAAAACAAAAACAUCCCAUCAAAAUAUACCAGAACCACCUCUAAACAGCUGCAAUUGAGAACCAAACAUAAGAAGAUUCUCACAUAAGAACCACCCUCGACUGAACCCAGAUCGGCAUGGUAUCCCCGUCCAGCGUAACGCCCUCGAGGAGGGUGACUCGUAGUCAAUCCGCUAGUGAUAGAGAAGCAAUUCCCAAGAAAAUUCCCCGAGAAGGCAAAAGUAGAACUCGUUAUGAAGGUAUCUCCUUUCGCUAAGCUCCGCUGUGAAAUUCUUUGGGAAAAGUUUUUAAAAAUAAAGCGUUGGGUAAAUGUCUGGAUUUGGUCAUUGUAUUUCAGUAAUGACCACGGAGUCAGAAGUAGACGAACCUGCAUCAACCGACCAAGAAGAAGCUGCAUCCACUGAACAAGACGAAGCUGCAUCCACCGAGCCGGAAUUUAUUGUCACCACGCCGACUUUCCCGGAAAGACUGUUCGCACGUAAUUGCUAUCCUGCCAAACCUCGACUGAACAUCUAUUCAAAGGCGAGUAUCAUUGGAUCGUUAGUGAAGUUGCUAAGAGGCUCCCCUGAAAUGAAUUGUCUGCUAGGAAGUCAGUUUAGAGCUCUGUUCCACUUACCUGUAGCGCGCUGCUCUAACUCUGCGAAACUUGUACAUUCUCUCCUCAGCCGUCAGUUGGUUACGAUGCGCCUAUAUGAGCUCUGGUUCUUGCUUGCAGACAAGCCACUACGCUUUUCUCUGCGUGAGUUCGGAGACAUCACCGGACUGAAAUGCGAGCCUGAAAGGGAAAAAGUAGGAAACGGGUCAGAAUCUAUCGAUGCCACACCUGGACGUAUGUGGAAAGAGUUGUUUGAAACUGAAGAUGAAGACGUGACUGUACCAGAUGUUCUUCGUAUGCUUGAACAGCCUAGUCUUCCUGAGUGGAAGCGGUUGCCACUAGCUCUCAUUGCGCUUGUAGAUGGGCUCCUGGUUUGUGGUCACAAACUUCUUCGUGUGACGCCUGCUUACGUCGAGAUGCUAGAAGACACCGGAUCAUUUCUUCAAUAUCCAUGGGGGAGAGAGGCAUUCGUCAGCACUCUGUCUAGAUUGACACCACCUCAACCUUCUGAUCCUUCUAAAAUGGAUAAAUCCCUUUCGGUCAUGCGCCUUCGUUUGAAACAGCAGUCAACAGCGCGUUAUGGGUUCCCUCUGGCGCUGCAACUUUUUGCUUUUAAAGCUAUCCCCUCAUUGCUUGAGAAAAUUUCCGAACCUAAUAAAACCACUUCUUUCUUGCAAGAACCAGAAGGAUGCGACUCAACAAAUGCACUUCUGAAUUUUGAAGACAUACUUCUGGUGGAAACCCAAAGAGAGGUACAAUGCUGUUGUCUAUCUUAUUUGCAAAACAGAAGUUAAGACGCUCAAACUUUGUGUACUUAUGAAUGUUUGUGUUCUUUGUUUGAGGUUAUUGUUACGUAUUCAAUCCCAGAUGAAGGUGGGGAUCCAAAGUGGAAGAAAGAAAUAAUCGAUCCCCGAAUAGAUAACUUAGUUCGUCGAAUGCGGGAAGGGCACGAGUUCAAAGCAACAGACUUUAGAGGAGGUGAUUCAUCCCUUCCACCUCUGAAGGCAGCAGAAAAGGCUGAAGGUGUUGGUGUAAAAAAAAAGUGUCAAAAGCCGUUUAGGCGGUUUGGGAAAGCCUGUGAUGAACCUGGAAGUUCGACUCAGGCGCCUGAGCGUCCUAUUCGACCUCGUCGUGGGAUAUGUAAACAGGCUGAACCAGGGAACUUAUCAGAUAAGGAGCAAGAGCUCAAAGAGUGGAUACGAGUUGAACUGAAAACCCAGUUGGGUAAAUUGCGGAACGAGAUUUUUGACUGGUUGCAUCAUGAUAGGGGAGGCUCGUCCACGGUUCCGCAAAACACAGCAGCGGGUAAAACAAACAGAGACAACGGUCACGCUGACCCAACCGGCAUGGAAGUUCCAAAGAAACGACGUCCGGUCAGUGGUGAUGGUAAUGAUGAAGCUGAAAUAUUUGGGUCUGAUAGUAAGAAACACAAGAAGAACAACGGCGAUGGGUUUAGCGAUGAGGAGACGAUGAGAAUGCAUGAUAAUCAUUGUGAUGGUCGCACGCCAAAUGCUCGCUUCUGGGAAAAGGUAAUCAAACUGCUCCUACAAUUUGUAAUGAUAAACAAUGUCUGAAUCCCGGUCUAACUUUUUUGAGGAAAAUUCAACGUGUAGGUAGAUUCAAUGGCGGGCGAAGGCCCCUCUUUCUCGAAGUCGGCAAAGAUUCCAGAAGCCGAUGUUUCAACGCCUAUUGGACCAGAAACUGUAUCAAAGCCAGCUAAACCAACUCUCCCGGAACCGUUGCAGGUAAAUAGAUUAUAACAAUGAAUUUAUAGGCUCUAGAUAUAUUAUGUUUGCUGUUCAGCUUGGUUUGGCCAGGUAUUCAGCGUAGAUUAUCAGUUGUUCGUUUUAGCUUGUGAGGUGUACAGGAAUACUGAUUUGUUUGGUCAGGUAUUCAGGUUAUUUAGUUAAGGUAUUCAUGUUAAUUUAUGAGGUGUACAGGAAUACUGAUUUGUUUGGUCUGGUAUUCAGGUUAAUUUAAGAGGUAUUUUGCUUAAGUAGUCAGGUUUACAGAUCUGUUUGAUAGUUUUUAGGUGAGUUUCAGAGGUAUUCAUCUUAGUUAGUCAAGUGUUCAGUUAAUUUUACCAGGUGUACAGAUUAUGUUGAUUAGGUGUUCGGAUUUUUUUAUCAGGAGUUCAGUUGAGUUUGUCAGGUAUACAUCCAAGUUGUUAGGUGAACAUAUAAACUACAUCAGAAUCGAAGAAUUUGAAUGAGCUAUAUCUGAACGUUGUCAGGGCGAGGGGGGAGAUGGGUCUCCAAUAUCAGGGCUAAAUUUGUUAGCAGAAGAGGUUGAAAAGGGGACACGGAGUGACAAUGUGUAUAAAGAUACACAGGAGAACACUUGUAGGAUGCUUACCGUUUGGUCUCAUCCUGAAUCUUACGUCCUUCCGCCGGAGGAACAAGGUGGUAAAGCGUCACCGACAAAUUCUGAAGAUUACAAGACACCGCCAGAGGAUGAUCCGAUGACUGAAUCUCGCACACCAGACGUUGGGAAUUCGAAGCUGAGUCGAUAUCUGACUAGGUCAUUAAAAAAAGCAGAGCUAGGAGGGAAAUGUAUUCCAAUAAGCUCAACCAAAAAAGAUGACAUCCCGACGAAGCGUAUUCCGAGACGUUCAACAAAGAUUGGAGGAGUGUACACCCCAGACAGGAGACUGAAGUAGCUUUUCCAAAGCUGCAGGAAACCCAAAUAUACGCCCUUAGCAGACUUGGAGAUAGCGCAGUUUCAAGAGUUUCAGUCAAUUCUCCGCGAGAAUCCGGCACAUUAAGUUGUUUGGAUAUACUGUAUAAAAUUCUUGGACUGUCAAAUGUUUAAUAUUGACUUUUGGUUUGUUUUCAAAUUUCAGGGAAUUUGAAAUUGUUAUUGGGAUCCAUGUCUCAAAUAAGUUCUUCCUGUCGUUGGCGAGGCCAACAAAUUGGGUCAGUACCGAGGUAUUCAAAUCAUCAGAACUUAAUUUGGUUUAUUCAAGUUACAACACGGAUUUCAACCGAUUUAAUGUUCUAAUGGUUUGUACAUAUUUUUCAGCACAUUUCUGUGCUAAUUGGUAUGCUAGUAAGGCGACAUGGACGCAAUUACCUGAGUGGGAGGUGCAGAUUUGUAGACUACUUCAGUAUUGCGGGCAUCAUAUCAAAGUUUGCAGAGUUCGAGAAGGCCUUAGAUAAAUUGGGAUUCAACUGGGGAGGGCUUGUCAGUUACAGUUUCACCGGAAAAACGCGGCGUCGGAAUGACAAGAAGGGGUUGUUGGUUGAUGUGGACAGGGUGUACGCCCCAAUGAUGUGGGGAAAAGAUCAUUGGGUUGGUCUUGUGAUUAACUUGACAUGCAGACAAGUGGAGAUUUUGGACUGCAACAUUCCCCAUAAUGAGUCCGAUAAUGAGGUGAACAAGCACAUGGCUUAUCUUCUACGCGCAUUGCCUCAUGUCUUAGCUGCGUUUUCGCCUCCUUCCGAUAGUAGUCAUCCUGAAGAAGACCAAGCAUUUUCAUGGGUGCGUCCAGACAACAUUUACUUCAACGAAAGGUCUGGUGACUGUGGACCAUGCGCGGUCAAAUUUCUGGAAAUGCAUGCAGCGGGAUACUCCUAUGAGGAUAUGGGGCAGAUCGAUGACAAAAUGGUGGACAUAUUCCGUCAGAAAUACGCGAUGGAUACCUAUGAAGAAUUUAUUGGAAACGCAAAAGUUCAAAACGAUGGUUGAAGACGUGUAUACUGCCUGCUUCAUUUCGUUUGUUAAACCGAAUUGUUAAACGGUUAUUGUAUCUUUCCAUUCAUCCAGACACUAUAAUUCAAACAGAUCAGUUUAUCUUUGAUGGUUUUACAUCGUCUUUCUUAUAUAGUUAGGGUUUAGGGUUUAGGGUAUAGGGUUUAGGGUUUAGGACUUAAUAGGUUUCAGUCCAAUUGGACAACUUUAAAUUUUGGGCUCUCGUAUACUGUAAAUAUCCGUAUACCUUAAGUAUUCGUAUACUGUCAGUAUUCGUAUACCGUCAGUAUUCGAAUACCGUCAGUAUUCGAAUACCGUCAUUUUUUGAAUACCGUCAGUUUUUGUACACCGAGUCUUAUGUUUUCAUGAUAACUGUAUGAGUAAAGAAACGAUAAACCGAUGUUGGAGUUUGUCUCCUAGUUUUGAUGGUAUACGUCACUUUCCAAAAUAACAGCUAAUGUUAUACUCGACAACGGAAUUAGAACAAUGCUUAAUGUGGUAAAUGCAUUACAACAAAUAAUAAUUACUGCCAACUGUCGAAGGGCGCAAAACUCGUGGCGCAACGAAAAUCCCGGAGGAAAAGACCAACCUCUUUUAUCCAGAAGCAUCGGUUACACAUGUCUUCUGUCUUGCUUAAUUCCAUGUGCCACAGAUCCCAAUCGAAAUUCAACGUAGGUGAACAGGGGCAAUUAUAAAACAAAGGUCGAUCUGUUGACAUGAACAUGAACUUCUUUGUUAAGAACCACUCGUUAACGACCGGCACCCACGGAACAUCAUCCAUUCUAACAAGCCAUCCAAUUGUACCAACUGCUUCUCUCGUAAACCUAGCGAAGUAUUCCUCAUCAUCCGAGUAGAGUUUGCGAGUCAUUGCAUAGGUAUACAACCCUCGUUCGUAUCUAGCAUCCGCUGCUCUCUUCAUCAAAGCAAGACUUUCUUCGUGGCGUUGUAGGGCGUAGAAAUACUCAACACCCUUGAUGUAAAGAGUACUUGGGUUUCCGACAUUGUAGCAUCUUUUCAACAACGUAUUACGCAAGCCUGUCCACCAAGGGUAUUUAUACAGAUCAAACGAAGAAUAGACGUCAGACGUGUCUGCCAGCGCACGCAUUGACUUACAAGUAGAUCUGAGUCUAUACAGAUCUUGAAAGGAAUUUUUUGCGACGCAGGAGACAAUCAAUUGUUGGAUUUCGGAAGGGAGAUCUAGAAAAGUCAUCUCUGCCAUUAUAGCCAGAUUGUGUUUUCAGCGUUGUGCUAAUGAUGUCCAAAAUUCAGUUUUUAUAGUGAGUGGACGGCGGCAAGCGAAGGGUUGUCUAUUUACGAUGGUCACGCCCGUAUAAGUCAUUAUAUUGAAGAGACGCAUUGAACCUAUACCGAGACAAACGAAAUAAUGAAUUUUUUAUUAACCCUUUAAACCAUGAUUUGACAGUGUUAGGUUUCAAAUGUAGGUGGGACAAUAAAUUCUCGUAUUAACCUCACACGUUUUCUCUACAAACCUGUCUAUUAAAUUUCUAUAAUCCCUCUCAUACCAACCAUAAAACAGACCACAAAAAACUCCAACAAGUGACCCUAAUAGUAUGGAAGCUCACGUACUCCCAAAUCUUCCCCAGGAAAUUGUGUGCAAAAUCAUUGAGCUUGUCGGAGAGGAAUCAUUUUACAAUCUUGGCCCUUUUCUGCGGGCUGGAAAACGCGGUUACGCCCUCGCACACGAGCCCUCAGUCUUGAAGAAGUGCGAUGUUAGUGAAAUGGAGGAGGGGUUCGUCACAUGUCAAAUACGCCAAGGUUGUCAGUUCCGGGAGUUUCAUCUCAAAUGUGUUAGUGCUGGCAACAGAAAGGCAAUCUACUAUGAAGGUCUCCUUACAGCACCGAGCAUAGGACUUGAGGAGAAUAUUAAAAUAUUAGAACCAAAUGUCCCAAUGCAUGGACUCUCAACCCUAGCUGUCGCCAUAUUCAAUGUUUGUCUUGGCAACGACAAGGAAGCGAGCAAAGUGUUUCAGCUGUUCGCAGCAUAUCACCAUGACCUUCGAUCGGAUGAUACUUGUGAAAUGGGAGAAUCCAUAGAGAACCAAUUGAAAGCCUUUGGAGCGGAAGACCUGAACUGCAACAAGUAUGGAGAAUCUUUCAAGUUCCCGGAUGAUGGCGUUAUCAAGACACCCAGGUGCGUGUAUGGCCAUGAUUACGCAGACAACUUAGAAGGUGAUUGCAAAAACUGCAGGCUAUUUUGGCUUUGCGUCAACAUUGCAAACAUCCUCUAGGACUUUAUUUAUGUUAUCCUCGAUGUUAUCUGUUUUCUAUCGUAUACCUUAAGUAUUCGUAUACCUUAAGUAUUCGUCAAUGUUAUCUGUUUUAUCUCGUAGACCUAAAGUAUUCGUCAAUGUUAUAUGUUCUAUCUCGUAGACCUAAAGUAUUCGUCAAUGUUAUAUGUUCUCUCUCUCGUAUACCUAAAGUAUUUGUCAAUGUUAUAUGCUCUCUCUCGUAUACCGUAAGUAUUCGUAUACCUUCAGUAUACCGUCAGUAUUCGUAUACCGUCAGUAUUCGAAUACCUUCAGUAUUCGUAGACCUUAAGUAUUCGUAUACCGUCAGUAUUCGUAUCCUAAUUUUACCAAUAUUAAACAUACAUAAAAAGACAGCUUUAAUAAACAGAAAUCAUAUACUAUAUUAUAAAAUAUAAUGGGCUGUCCAUGUCCAAUGGGUAUGUCCAAAUUGUACGUAGUCCAAAUUGUCCAAACCCAAAAUAGAACCAUAACAUUUCACAAAUGGUUUUAGCCCAUCUAAUUUGGACUUAAUAGGUUUCAGUCCAAUUUCACAACUUUAAAUUUUGGGCCCAUCUAAAGCCCAUUAAUGGAAUUAUUCGUAUACCUUAAGUAUUCGUAUACCGUCCGUAUUCGAAUACUGAAGGUAUUCGAAUACCUUCAGUAUUCGUAGACCUUAAGUAUUCGAAUACCUAGUAUACCGUCCGUAUUAGUAUACCGUAUUUGUAUACCGUCGGUAUUCGUAUCCUAAUUUUACCAAUAUUAAACAUGCAAUAAAAGACAGCAAUAAUAAACAGAAAUCAUAAACUAUAUUAUAAAUAAAAUAUAAUAAAGAGUUCGAAAAAAAGAGAGUUCAAAAUAAUUACAAAAAAACACUAAAAUUCAAAAUAUAUAAUAAUAUUAAAAGAGGAGGAGGUUCCUAGUCGGAGUCGGAGGUGCUGGAGUCGGUGCCGGAGCUGUCUGGGUAGUUGUCCAUCCUGAACUGCCCAGAACCCAACGUGUCGCCGGUCCUGUCGGACGCGUCGUCAUCCACGUCCGUCUCCAUCUGCAUCCACUCCCAGUAUUCACCUUCUUCAUCGUCCUUAAACCCCGACGCUCCUUCGCCGUCAUAUCCGUAACCCUCAUCCUCCGGGUCACCUUUUUUCUCCGCCUUGCGAGCACGUUUGCUACUGCGGGGAUCGGGGCUUGUGCGGCGCCGUUUGCGAGGGGUGGAUGGGGGUGUUUCCUUUAAUCCCUCCUCCACUUCCUCCGCCUCCUCGAACAGGGCCUCGACUGUGGCGAACUCAUUAGUUUCCAGACCGUAGCGGAUCUCUUCCUUCAAUCCGGCCUUGGCCAACUCGAUCAACUGCUGCUCGGUGCGUUCGCCGACUAUAGGCAAACUGUAAAAGAAUCGCUUGUAUUUUGCGACGGUCAUUUUGCCCUGGCUGAUAUCAUAAACCAUUUUUGGAAUGAAAGAGGUUUGCAGAGAAAGAGGUUUGCAGAGAAUAUGUUUAGAAAGAUGAAAAGAUAUUAAAUGUCAACUGAGUAGUAUAUAUAUUACGAAAAUAAUUAAUUAAUUUUUUGGUAACAGACGCGGCGUUCCAUUACUACUCUUCGGUUUAAACCAUGCGAAUUAAAUCGUUGCGACUCCUCCGUAGAAUUUAAUCUCCGACUGAUUUGACCAUACGAAAUAAAGUAGGAAACUUUAUUGUCGCAGAAAGAGUUUACUUAAAUUUAUUUUCGUGUUAAAACCAUAAGUGUACGCGUGUUCGUACACCAACGAAGAGAGAGAUGAGAAUACCCUAAGUUCAUACAUUAAUUAGUACAAAUAUGUAUAAAGAAGAUGUCUUCUCCGUGUCAGAAAGUAGCCCUAAUUUCAAACUACAUUAUGAAGCUUACGUAACCGAGGGGGUAUAAUGAUGACUUCGUACACCUUAACCGAGAGUGUAUAAUGAUGACUUUUGUACACAUUAUGAAACUAAAUUAAUUCAAAUGGGUUUGCUUUUUAAUUGGAUAUGGAUAGGCCCAUUUUGAGAUAAACAGUUAAAAUUUGAUGGAAGAGUACAAAUUAACCUUAACAUAAACAGUACAAAUUUGAUAGAAGAGUACGAAAAUUACAUAAUAGAUCCGAGAAAUGCUAAGAUCAGCGAUCCACCAUAAUUAAUUGCUUAAGCUCUUUGAUCUCCUCACGCAUUUGCGCAAGUUCAAAUUGCAGCUCACGGCGGAGCGACACCUCCUCAGCAUACUGACUUCUCAAGCAAUCCAGCUCUUCCUCGAGGGCAGUAAGGCAGUCAUGACGGAUGUGCAAACCAUCGUUCUACAAGAAAAUAUAUUAGAUUUGUUAGCUAAAAACAAUACCAUUUCCGUUAACAAUGGAGGCAAAUUUAAGUAUUGUGAACUCCAAUGUUACCUUAAGAUCUUUGCAUACGUAAUAGUUUCUUCCUCUGUCAUCAGCUUCCACGGUGAUAGCUCCACCGCAGAUACACUUCGUUGGAAUUUUGUAAUUGGCAUAGACACAAUUGCUCACCCAGUCAUACUCCCUUUUGUGAUGUUUCAUCUCUUUAUAGUAAGGAUCCGUCAUUUUGUGGUACUGGUGAGUGUGGUGAAGAGAGAUUGUUGAGUGUUGUGAAGAGAGAUUGUUGGGUGUUCUGAAUUAUACUUAAAUAGUGCAAGAUUGUAACGGCUAUAUUUUACUUCAAAAGCAUUUCUAACGGUAAUAUUGAGAGGGAUAUAUUUAUCAUUUUUUUUUUCAAACGUUGUUAUUGGUUCAUAGAAUUUUAGUAGAAUCAUAAAAAAUGACACAUUACAAAAAACCACAUCAAGAGUUCAUUACUCAUCCGAUUUAUUACAUUACAAAAUAAAGAGUUACUUGAAUAUGAUCACAAACCCAAGUAAAACUAAUAUAAUAACCAUUCCACCAACAAAGUAUUUGAAGCCAUUGGUUAACCUUGUUCUCUUUUCAGCUAACUCAGACACUACCUUCUCUAGCCUAACCAGUUUCUGCUCAGUCUCAUUCUGGAGUUCCUUCAACUUGUUAAGUUGUGGGUCUUAGUCAUUCAAAAAGGUUAGAUAUUCUACCUUUUCAGACAAUUGAAGUGUGUGCGUAUCCCUGGCUCUCAUCUCCCCCAUAACCGCAUCAUCCCACCAUUUAUGAACAUGACAGUCUCCAUCAUUAACAUUAUCACACGUGUAGUAUCUUCUACCUGGAUCAUUUACAGUGCGAGAUGUUGCUAGCUUAGGCCGACCACCACAGUAGCAUGUCUGCGGGAAUCCAAAUUCGACCUCGGGUUGCGGAGGGUACUGAACCGUCGAAGCAUAAUUGUAAUUUAGAUCAGAUUGGUCCCGACAAAUAAGAUCUUCAACUUCACGGUCUUCUGUGUCGCUGGAGUCAUGCCCAUCAUAGUCCUCUGAUUCCGAAGGCUGGCUAUAGCUAUAAUCAAGUCCCAUCUUUAGUAUAAAAUUGAGAGUAAAGAGAGAAUCACAAAAAAUCUGAAAUAUAGACGACACAAGCACUCAUACUUAAAUAGAUUGAGAUUGUAACGGCUAUAUUAUUAUUGGAUUACAAUACAACGGCUACAUUGUAUUUAAAUGUCUUUCUAACGGCUAGAUUGGCUACACAGAUAUCGUACACCUCAAGUUGUAAACAAGUUACAUCAAAUCAAAAGUCAUCAAAUCUUCAACUAUGUUUACCUCAAGUUGUAAACAAGUUGUAAACCAUAUUAAGGAAUGACAAUAAAACCAUACAUAUCUAAUAAAUUCAAGAAGAAGCUCUGCGUAAAAUAUAUCGCAAAAUAGCAUUAUAGAUGUGUUGUAAACCAUAUUAAAUUUCCAAAAAACAAGAACUCUCUUGUCAACAAUACAUAAAAUCUCCUCCAUCCAUAACCCGUCAUUGUAGCGGUUCUUUACAAGACUUUUUGUUGUGACCUGAGAUAUGACAUCGACUACAUGUGUUUAGUUUUUUUCUUCUUCGGCCCCUCCUGAAAAAAACAUAACAGCCUUUAUUCAGAAAAUAUCCAUGACUACAGUCAGAUGAGAUUAGGUCGUACCGGUAUUUCUCCUGCAGAACGUUUACGCUUGGUCGGUGGACGUCCUGGUGGUCUCUUCGUCUUUGGUGGUA